AUGGCGAUGACCACCCUGGGGCCCGGGCAAGCCGAAGUUGGAGGGGCCGCCGCCUGCACUUCUCAUUCCAAAAUCAUGGAUUUGCAAUCCAGCAACUCUGGUCAUGAGGAUACCGCUGCCAAUGCCAAGGCUGACCAACCCAAGCUUACUCCAUGGACCCACCGUGAUCAAGACUUGUUCCUCAAAUAUGCCACGACGUAUGGUCGCGACUGGGAUCGCAUCUCUCGAAAAAUGGGCAAGCACAAGAAGCAAGUGCGCCAAUGCUACUAUCGCCUUCUCAAGCGUAUCAAAGUUCAUCUCAACUGCCCGGACCUGACCCUCAGUCGCGAGGAUGAACUCAAAUGGCUCAUGAACUAUCGAACUCUUCGCAGCCGGUUGACCAAGGCGUGUAAAAAGCCCGUUGAUGAGGACAGUGCGCCCAUUGCUGACGAAAAAUUGCACAAGGCCUUUGGCAAGCUUCUCUCUCAGAUCAUCAACCACGGCUCUACAACUUUUGUGCGCAACCGCGCCAAGCAAACUCUUCGGCUUCAAACCACCGUGCCCUCCACCGCCUUGAGCAAAACCGAAAAGACAGAAGAGUCUUCCACUUCUGUCUCGCUCAAGACGGCCACGUCUAGCGACGCCAGUCCCUUUUGGCAGGGCCUGACCCAUGAUGACCUGGCCCUCGAUCACAUCCUUGAUUCACAUACCGCUGCCCAAAAUCAACCCCACGGCUCGCCCGCUUCGGGCAGCGACGACAACGAUCUCGACUUUGAUCUCGAUCUUGACGGCUGGGAUCUCGACCUUGACCCACCAUCGGAUCUCUCGCCCAGUCAAGCUGGUCCCGAUCUACUCUCGCCUUCUCAGGCACAAUCGUCCUCUGUGGGUGGCCCAAAACGCGUGCACACCCCUGAACCUGAGGGCAACCGGGACAGCUCGAAGCGACCCAAGAGUGUCACAGACGCUCUGGUACUGCAAACCCCGCCCAUCCUUAAAGCACCCACCAGGCGCUCAACCAUGUCAACCACGUCCCCGACCACGUCCUCGUCUGGACUGCUUACCCAGCCAUCCCCGGAUGCAAAGGCCACUCGUGAGGCCAAGGCAGUCACCAGCACGCACAUGUCGACGUCCAGUGCGGCACGCUCCGCCUCGAUCGCGGCGCCUGCACCCGCUACCUUGGCAUCAGCAGCUGUGUCACACCCAGCUCCAGCUCCAGCUCGAUCCCUCGGGCCCAUGUUUCUGGAGUCACAGGGCACUGACCCCAUGCCGUCGACCCCUUCUCCUAUGGAUACGGAUUUAUCGUUGGGACACCGCGCGCUUGCCACCUCUCCGCGUGCGGAUAUCAGUUGCGUCUUCAUACCCCAUGAUGACGCUACCGAGCAACGCGUUCGGUCAAUUGGUCAAAAAGCUCAGCUUCGCGUCGUCCUCAAGCUGCACAAGAGCGUCGAGAAAGUUCAGAACUUACUGCGGCAAUAUCUAACGCGCAAGGGUCCACUUGAUGGCAUCGAGUCGUUGGCGCUUUUUGCCGGCGACUCUGCAAGUCAAUCCCCAUGCCUUGACGAGCAUAUGUCUAUUGCUGCCCUACUGGAACAACUGGGACAACCUGCCACUAUUGAGCUAUUCUAUGGCUGGCCCAUGACCUCGGAGGAGCCUUUACCUCCCUUGGACAUGCUUCUUGCCCCAACAUUGCCCACAUCAUCUGCCAGCCACUACGCGCACAUGGGCACUGCGGCCGGCCAGGAGCCGUUGGUCACGUGCUCUGCGGACCUGUUUGCCAGCCGUUCGUGGGCGCCCACCGAUGAGCUUCACGAUGGCCUUUCGCUGGGCUCAGCGCCCCUUACGCUAAACCAGGCUUGCGAGCUCAAUCAACAGCUCUUACACCCAUUGAUGGGAGAAGACACGCAACAGGCCCUGGCCGCACUGGUGCAAUGA